GGUACGAUACACAAAUAUCGUAUUUAUAAGAACGCAACUCCUUACUAAUCUCUGCAAAACAUAUCAUCCGGUUUGGAGUAAUAUAUAUACAACUCAGUUAAGACGGUGUUAAUUAUCUGCAACUUGCUCGAAUAGAGAAUACAAGCGUAACAACAAUGUUAACUAAGUGCACAUAUCUUCUGAUUGUCGUCUGCUUCGCACUGGCAAUGGCCAGUGUACUACCAGGGGGCGGGAGUAUGCCCGGGGGUGUUGGGCCAUGUGAAGAAUAUGACCAACUGCAUACAGUCCUUGCUAAUUUUGCUUUGGGUGAAAUUGGAAACGGGUACACACUGCAGAGGAUUGCCUGCGCACGAAUUCAGGUGGUAGCCGGUAUAAGAUAUAUAAUUGAGCUGUAUGCUACAAAAACCACCAAUGGAACGGAAUCAUGUCAUCGUUGUAAUGUGACUGUAUUGCACGUUCCUUGGGGAGCAGGGCCGAAAUUUACGCUGGAAAAUAAUUUUUGUGCGGAAGAAACUACACUGAACGUGUGUUUCUCCUAAAAAAUAUAAUUGCAAAUUUUUUUAGUUAUGAUGUACUAGGAGAUACUGUUUUACAUUGUAUAUAAUAUUUCUUCAAACGGGGAUAAUGAUGUUCUGAUGGAUGCUAUGCGAUCAAGUAUUAAAAUGAACAGUUUGUGAUUAUGAUUCAAAACGAUGUGAUCAUGUGUAUUUUAGGUACUUUUUUGUUUGUUGUGUUUAAAGCCACAUGGACAAUAUCAUAGGGCAUACGACAACUUUCCACCUUCUCAUGGAGAAGAGUCUAUGUGCCUGUCACAGUAUUAUUUCAGGCACGAGCGGGCAACUUGGUAAAAUCACCGAUCAUCCGCAAGCCAUCUGGAUCGCUUCCUUACAUGAAAGAAAUCUAUAUACCCCAAGGGUAUUUUCGAACAUUAAGCGUUGAAGAGUAAGUGAUUUAAAGUCACUGACUUUAUCUUCUCGGCAGAGGAGGACUCUACCAACCUCUUGUUGAAAUUAACAAUGAUCAGAUAGUGAACAUCAACAAAUCACGUGUUAAAAUGAACAGUGUGUGAUUAGGAUUUUAAAUAGACAGUAUGAGGUCUUGCUUGAAAAAUACUCCGGUGUGAAGUCUUGCAUCAUAAUGGACAAUCUUUUGCCAUUUUUUCAUCAAUGAAAAAGAAGUCCCAUCUAUCACAAUGUCCUAGAAUUCUGCUAUAAGAGUUUCAAAAUUCUUAUUAAAUUAUAUCUGCUGAUUUUGUUUUCUCGAACGUUCCGUUAAUAAAAGUUUUGUUCAAUCUGUC